CUCCCCAGGUGCGCGCCGCCCCGCCCCGCGGCCCCGCCCCGCCCGCCCCGCGCUCAUUUACAUGCGGCCGGGCCCCGCCUGGGGCGGCUAAAGCGACGUGUCCUUGUCCCCCGUGGACAGCCCGGCGCGUGCGACCGCUGGUCCCCAGCUCCAAGGGCCCCUCAGAGCCACCACCCCCGGGACAACCGGUCUGGAGCCAUGAAGACCAAGAGCCGGCCCCCCCGGCGCCGGGCGCCCCCGCAGAACACAGAGGCCCCCCCGGGGGAGCAGGCCCCCGAGCGGCCCCAGCCGGCCAGGGGCCUGCGGAGCAGGACGGCGCGGGCGCAGGGGGCGCGGGCCGAGGGCGGGCGCCGGCGGCCGGGGCCGGCGGGCCAGGCGGGCCGGCGGGAGAGCAGCGUCCAGCGGCGGCUGGAGAGCAACGAGCGCGAGCGGCAGCGCAUGCACACGCUCAACAACGCCUUCCAGGCGCUGCGCGAGGUCAUCCCGCACGUGCGCGCCGACAAGAAGCUCUCCAAGAUCGAGACCCUCACGCUGGCCAAGAACUACAUCAAGUCGCUGACGGCCACCAUCCUCACCAUGUCCAGCGGCCGCCUGCCCGGCCUGGAGGGGCCCGGCCCCAAGCUCUACCAGCACUACCAGCAGCAGCAGGCGGCGGGGGCCGCCCCGGAGGCCCAGCCCGAGGGCCACCUGCACAAGUACUCCACCCAGAUCCACAGCUUCCGCGAGGGCUCCUAGCCCCCGCCCAGCCCGCCGAGCCCCCGUCCCCCGUGGGGCUGUGGCUGUGGCCCCAGCAGCCUCACCGUCCCUCAACACUCCGCUGCCUCCUGGGCGGAGCGGUGGCCCCGGACCGUUUUUUCCAUUGACCAGGCGGGAGCUGACAGGCCUUCGUAGGUAGAUUCCCUUCCCUGCAGGCUCCCUCCUGAAGCCGGGGAGGCCCAGGGAGAGGGGACCUGGGUACGUGUCCCCAGUCCUCCUGAAGCCCAGGCCCAGGAAGGGACCGCCUGCAACCUGCACCAGAGCCUCCUCAUUCGGGUAAACUGAGGCACAAAGCAAGUAAAGCUCAGGGCCACUUGGGGAGUGUGGCCGAGCCACAAUGGCUGAAGCGAGUUCAGCAUGUUAGACAGGAUCCCUCAUCGUACGACCUCAUGUGAACUGGAAAGGGACCUUCCGAGGUCCCGGAGGCCGAUCUUUUCCUGCCUCCCCUGAGCCGGGGCUCCUGACGGGAGGGGCUGGGGGGCCGGAGGGGCUGUGCUGGUGCUGAGGGGCUGGGGCAGGAUGGGAGGGGCCACGAGGCUCCACUCCGCUGGGGGCUGGGCCUCUCAGCCCUGGCCCUUCGGGGAGGGAGUGCCCCUGGCCUCCCUCGGGUCCCCCCAGGUUUGCUGCUCGUUGUCACAGUCGGGCUGACUGUGUGGUCUAAUAGGACUUUAGGAUGCUGGGUCCCGCUUGGGGUUCGGGGCCCUCUUGGGAGAGCCUGGGUGGCAGGAGCGCCCUCCCCCACCCGAGGCUGCUCUGCAAAGACGGGCUGGCAUGUUGGCAGGUCUCCGCAGCCAAGGGCCAAGCUUCCUCCUGCGUUCCUGCCCCGCGGCUGCAGCAGGCUUGGCGACUUUGUCCUCCUGCCCACAGCCAGCGUGGGGAGGGGGCAGGGCCCUUGGCAGCCUCGGGCGGAACCACAGUGACAGGGGCUGGGGUGAGGGUAGAGUUGGCCUGGCAUGCGGGGCCCAGUCCCUGUCCCAGAUCUCUGCCGGCCCCCUGGG